CGUUACUCUUUAACAAUACGCCAAUGCACCGAGUAAAUAAUACAUUUUAUAUUACUGCUGAAAGCUGGAUCAGUGUUGUUUGUAAGUGAAUAUUUGUGAGUUCUUUAAAUAUUUCAGGUGGUUAUUAUUGUUAUUUUCAGAGGCUAAAAGAAUGUGAUCACGGCACCUUAACGUUGAGAGUGGCCCAGUAUUGCUUUUAUUCUGCAGCAGCGCAACGCGUCAUACGCAAGGUGCGGCAGUGCCCAGCGCGAGCUGGUUACGCCUGGGUUUGGUCCUAAUCUGGAUAAACCCAUCAACAACCUCAAUGCUCUUGUAGAUCAGAAGCAGCGUGAUGACUAAAACACCCGAUUCCCCAGCACCCUGCGCGGGUAUGGGUGAUGUCCACCACAGCCAUCCAGAGGAACCAGUGGAGCAGCUCUCCAGACGCGCUCGCGUUGCUGUGCCUGAACUGGUCGUUACCUGCGAGCCGAGUGUCCCGGAGUGUGAUCAUAUCCCCCGCGGAUCCUGCUCGGGCUCCCAUCACCCCGAUGAGGAGUCCAUCUGCUCGGACAGCGGGCUCAGCGGCUCCCCCGCCUCGUCCCUGGCGCUGAGAAAACGGUCCAUCUCGUCCUCUCCAGCUUCUUCUUUUGAGGAAUGCGAAGAAGAUUUUUCUGGUUCCAGCGAAUAUAAUCAGUCUUCAGGUGAAGCGCUCACGAAGUCAAAGAAUAUGGUGAACUGGUCUCCAGUGACGGUGAAAAAGCGCUCUCCCUGGGUGCAGGUGGUCGGCCAUGCAGGAAAUUUUCAGACGAGGAGUGAUGGAAGGCUGCUGAAGAAGUACUGCGAGUGCGAGGAACAGUGUUUUCUGCAGCUCAUGAGCGACUCACUGCAGCCCUUCGUUCCUAGAUACUAUGGCGUGACUCAGCAUGAAGAGCAGGAUUACAACCUCAUGGACGACCUCCUUGCUGAAUUUGACUCGCCCUGCAUCAUGGACUGCAAAAUGGGGAGCCGGACUUACCUGGAGGAAGAGUUGAGGAAGGCCUGCGAGUGUCCUCAGCCACGCAAAGACAUGUAUGAAAAAAUGAUUGCAGUAGACCCAGGCGCCCCUACUGAGGAGGAGCGGGUCCAGCAGGCAGUACUCAAAACCAGAUACAUGCAGUGGAGGGAAACCCUCAGCUCAACAGCCACGCUGGGCUUCCGCAUCGAAGGCAUCAAGAAAUUAGAUGGAACGUGUAACACUAACUUCAAGAGAACAAAGUGCAAAGAUGAGAUCAUCCAAGCCCUGGAGGAUUUUGUUGACAACAACAUGUUAAUCUUGAGAAGUUACCAACAACGCUUGAAGGAACUACGAGCUGUGCUGGAGAAAUCCGAUUUCUUUAAAGCACAUGAGGUAGUGGGCAGCUCCUUAUUAUUUAUCCAUGAUCUGACUGGCAAGGCUGGAAUCUGGAUGAUUGACUUUGGAAAGUCUGUGCCCAUGCCGCCCCCUCUCACCCUGGACCAUCGCAGCCCGUGGGUGGAGGGCAACAGAGAGGACGGGUACCUCUGGGGCCUGGACAAUUUCAUUGACAUUCUGGCCAACAUGCUUCCUGAGAAAUGAAAGGCAUUGUGGAUCUUCAGAAUUGUCAUUUUUUGCACAGACUGUCUGAUUUCCCUCUUUUUGUUUCUACAUGGAUAAUAUAUGAAGGCAGGAGAGAAUCGAUGGAAUGGAUUGUCUCAACAUUUACUACAAGUCUUACUGAUGAACAUCUAAGCUUGUGAAUAUACCUGCUGAAGCCUCUCACUAUAUAGUUGUUAUCGCUGCUUUUGAAAAGCUGCAUGUAUUUUUACACUGUAAAUAGAUUUUUAUUUAAGCAGUUUGCUCUUAGGGGUUGAUUGGCAAAAGAUUAUCUUAGUUUUAUGAACAUUAACUGCUGGUGAAAAUCAUUACAGUCGUGUUGUUUUGAUAGAUAUAUUAAGAUAUUUUUCCUGCGUUUUGCUUCAUUUUUGUGACCAAAUGUGUCUAAUUUGUGUGGGGAUGAACUGAAUUGAAUUGGUGCACACUAUUAACAGUCCCAUAAACUGAAGCUGAAUCAAAUCACAGAACAACAAAAAACCUCUUGCACCUUUCUUAGUACGGUUUAAAAACAUUGCAUAACUCCUGAUAUAAGAAAACAUUUAAUCAGAUGCUAAACAGCCACUGUUAAUAGCAAAUGUAUGCCAAUUUGACUGCGAAUGGUGUGUGGGAUAUUUGAGAUCGUGCUCCUUAUGCACAAUUUCAGUGUUUGCAAUUUGAAGGUUUUGUACUGUAUAAUAAGUAAACGACUUGUGAUCAUCAUGUUGGGGGCUUUAUUGUCCUGGCUGUAUUAGUUUUGCAGUUCUGGGUUCUGAUGAUAACUAUAUACUGUAAUCUUUUUCCAUUCUGGGUAAUUUUGUAAAGGUGUUUGACUGUCAGCACAAUAAACAUAAAUAUGA